UGCUUUGCUUUUUUCUAACUUAAACAAAGGUAGCUUUUAAGAUUCAGAGAAAAGAACUCACGCAUUAAAUCCAGCAAACAUGGGAGAAAUCAUGUCUGAAGAACUAAUUGCUGAGUUCCAAGAAGCCUUCUGUCUCUUUGACAAAGAUGGGGAUGGGUGUAUAACCAUGGAAGAACUAGCCAUUGCAAUCAAGUCAUUGGAUCAAAAUCCAACACAAGAAGAGCUGCAAAACAUGAUCAACGAAGUUGAUAGUAAUGGUAAUGGAACUAUUGAAUUUGGGGAAUUCUUGAAUCUCAUGGCAACAAAAAUGAAGGAAGCAGAAGCAGAAGAUGAACUGAAAGAAGCUUUCAGGGUAUUUGACAAAGAUCAAGACGGCUACAUAUCACCUUAUGAGCUGAGGCUAGUGAUGAUGAACAUAGGGGAGAAACUAACAGAUGAAGAGUUAGAACAGAUGAUUAGAGAAGCUGAUUUGGAUGGAGAUGGUCGAGUUAAUUACGAAGAAUUCGUCAGAAUGAUGUUGGCUGCUGCUUCUUAAUCCACUUUCAUUUUAUUCCGCCCCCCAAAAAAACAACUAUUUAAAUGCAUCCACAAAAUUUUAGGUUUAAGCUUUAAAUAUUUUAGGGUGGGCUGGCUAACCAGAGAAUAUAUAUAUGAUAAUGGAACUCAAAUUUCAAUCAUUAUAUAAUUAUAGAACAAUAAUAAUUUAUUUUCGAGUCCA